UAACCCACCAACUUCCGCACACAAUCUAAAGUUCACAAGAACUCUAGAUUAACACUCAUUUUCACGUUUUCAAAAGAAACGAAAAAGUUUUUAAAUUGUAAUAAAGUCUAUUCACCCCCCCCCCCUCUAGACUUUAUAUCUCACCACUUUGGGACCACCAAUUGGUAUCAGAGCUUACUUCUCACUAUCUACAUUUAGAUUAACGAGAAGCGAUCAUAAUGGUGAACAAUAUGGAUCACGGUUUGCCCAAGUUUUCUCUUCUAGGUUAUGAUGAUUGGAAGAUCAUGAUGGAAGCACACCUCUAUGCUCUACAUGACUGGAUGUGGAUGGUACUUGAAGAUGGACCCUUGAAAAUCCAAAUGGAGAAUCCUAAGAGGAAUCCAACCAAUUCAGAUGUAGUCCAGUAUAUUCCAAAGCCCAAGGAGAAAUGGGAUGAUAGAGAUUGCAAAAAGCACAAUCUGGACAACCUGUGUGAGGGAUCAGAGGAUCUGAGAAAGCAGAAGAUAGAGGUCCUGCUUGAAAAGUUCAAAAGCUUCAAAAUGCUUCCCAGAGAAUCAUUUGAUAUGUUGGAUGAAAGAUUCCACAAAAUCUUAAAUGAUCUUGCAUCACUUAACCACGUUCUUUCUCCCAAAGAAAAGAAUGUAAGGUUAUUGAGGUCUCUUCCAACUGAGUGGUACACCAAAGCCACAGCCAUGGAAGAAGGAAGAAAUCUGGAGAACUACACUGUCCAAUGUCUCCUUGAUGAGCUCAGAACCUAUGAGCAUGAGCUGAAGAAGAAGAAGGAAGAACAGGUCACUCCAUUUCCCAUGGCACUGAUGACAACUCCCAGAGUCCCAACAAGCGAAGGGACAUGCCCAAGAAACUGUGACACUCCUUCCUCCAGCCAGCCAUCAAGCUCGAAAAUGGAGAACUACGAUGAGGAAUUUGCCAUGAUGGUCAAGCAAUUCCGAAAGCUCAAGAAGUUCUUCAAGAAAGCUGACUCAGUCAGAAGGCCAUCCAAGGGAAAGCCACAGGUAAGUGACUCCCCUCCUGAAUCUUAUUUGUGUUACAACUGCAGGAAGCCUUGCCACUGGAAGUCAGCAUGCCCGUACCCAAAAGUGGAGAAGUACGGAGAAAGAGAAAGAAACGAGAAGAAGAAGAAGAAGGCAAUGGUAGCAGCUGAAAGUGACGAGUCAUCCAGUUCAAGCUCGGAUGAAGAAGCCCUCGUCUGCAUGGAGCGCAGAGCUGAGAAGUCCAACCAAGAAGAUCGGUGGACUAUGUCAGAAGAUGACACUCUCUUCCUAAUGGCCAAAGAUGAUGCUGAACAAGAGGUAACAUCACAAACCUCCUACUCAUCUUCUUAUGAAAUCAUACCAACUUCUGAAAAUCUUUUUGACAAGUUCAAAAAGAUGAUGGAAGAUUUUGAGGAAAUAAAUCUUAAACACUCAUCCUUAACAGAAGAGAACAAGCUAUUAAGUGAAGAGAAUCUCAAGUUGACUGAAGGUCGGAAAAGUCAACUAAGUGAGAUCACUCAACUCAAGGCUGAGAAUGAAUCUCUUUCUGAAAAGGUAAAAUCCCUAAACAAGGAGCUAGGGAUACUGAAGUCCAAAGAAGUUGUGGAUAAGCUUCUUGAAACGACCAAACAUAAGGGUCGUGAAGGACUUGGGUUUGACCCCUCUACUGCCAAACCCAAUAAGCAGAAAGGUAAGGAGAAGGAGAAACCUAAAGAAGUUCCCAAAAAGGUAGUCCCUCCUAAGAACUUUAGGAAGCUGGACACACCUCAAAGAGGAAACAAUUUCAGAAGAAAACCUUCUAACCCCUACUAUACACGAGGCUAUACUUAUUAUGGGGUAGAUAGGAGUUUUCCAAGAAAUUCUGAGUGGAGAACUAUGCCAAGAUAUAGUCAUCCUCCACCCCAGAAACUAUUUGUUCCACCUAAGUAUGCUUACAACCGUCACAGACCACACUAUGCACAACCUAGACAAAACUAUAGGUCUUAUCAACCUAGGUUUGCUAGGAGGAAACAGGAAAUAGCACCACCUGCACGUAGGAAGUUUUAUGCCUACAACUAUGAUUACAAUCCCAACAAGUUUAGAGCUGCAAGGAAAAUUCCCUGCAACUUCAAACUUGAUGAAGCCUCUAAGUACCCAGGUGUCGGGUACUUAGACAGUGGCUGCUCAAGACACAUGACGGGUGAUGCGAGCCUUUUGAGCAAUCUAAUUCCCUAUGAUGGUCCAAGAGUUACUUUUGGAGGAAGCAAUGAUUAUGGCCUUACAAAAGGGCUAGGAAAUCUGGUGUACAAGGGACUAACCAUCCAGGCUGUAUCUUAUGUGGAAGGUCUCAACUAUAACCUUUUAAGCAUAAGUCAGUUUUGUGAUAAAGGUUAUUCUCUGGAAUUCUGCAAGGACAUGGCAUCCCUCAAGAACAUCUCCACAAAUGAAGUCAUUCUCACUGGGAAGAGAAUCAGAAACAUCUACGAAGUGAUAUGGGACGAUGUCAAAGAAGCAUGCCUAAUCAGCAAAGGUGAUACUAACCUUCUAUGGCUUUGGCAUAAGAGGUUGAGUCAUCUCAACUUCAAAACCCUCAACAAACUGUCCAAAGAAGGUAAUCUAGAAAUCACAAAUCGUGCAGAGAUGACUUUCGCCGCCGGCGAGAUUCUCGCGGCCGGCGGCCAACCUAUUGCAGAGACAGAGACGAUAAAGAGAAGCUGGGAGAGAAUGGGGAGUUUUUGCAGAGCCAUGGUGGUUUGGGCGAGAGAAGUUAGAUGCCUGCAAUUUGGUGUUGUUUGAUUUGGGCGGAUGUGAUUUAGGUUAUAUACCGAGAUUGACCACACCGGGCAGUCUAUUGGAGGUCAUUUUGGCCGGGCCAGAUUGCUUGGGGUGGUGACGCGUGAUGUAACUGAUUCCCUCCCCUUCCUAAAAUUUUAAAAAUUCCCGCUCUGUUUUUAUUUUGAUUUUAUGAAAUAAUUCAAAUUAAAAGAGAAUAAGACUAAAGUCAAAGG